AUGGCGAUUACUAAAAAUAGCAAUGUCAGCAGCUUUUUCUUCAUAUUGAUGGAUCUCCCGGGACUGGAGAAGGCUCACUGCUGGACAGCUAUUCCUGUCUGCUCCAUCUAUGUUCUUUCAGUGCUGGGUAACAUCACCAUAAUGCACAUCGUCAAGUCUGUGCCCCGCCUCCACACACCCAUGUACCUCUUCCUCUCCAUGCUGUCAAUGGCUGACCUGGGCCUCUCAGCUUCGACACUGCCCUCGAUGGUAGCUGUCUUUCUCCUAGGUCGCAGGAGGAUAGGAGCUACACCCUGUUUUAUGCAACUCUUUUGCAUCCACACUUUCUCAGUCAUUGAGUCAGCUAUUUUGCUGGCCUUGGCUUUUGAUCGCUGCAUGGCUAUCCGAGAACCUUUACGCUAUGCCACCAUUCUCACAACCAAGCGUAUCUGGGCCAUUGGGCUGGCUGUUGUGACCCGCAGUGUGACCCUCCAUCUGCCCCUGCCUUUGCUCCUGGACAGAUUGACGUUCCAGCCUGUGAGUGCUUUGUCUCACUCUUACUGUGUUCAUCCAGAUGUCCUAAGGUUGUCCUGUUCCAGCACCCUUGUCAACAGUGGCUUUGGGCUCUUUGUCAUGCUCUCCACUCUGGGGAUGGAUGCUGUGCUCAUUCUUCUGUCCUAUGUGCUGAUCUUGAAGACAGUAUUGGGCAUUGCCUCCAAUGCUGAGCGGCUCAAAGCUUUUAACACCUGCAUUUCUCACAUCUGUGCUGUACUUCUAUUUUAUACCCCAUUGGUUAGCCUGUCCAUGAUCCAUCGCUUUGGAAAAAAGAAACUACCAGUUCAGGUGUACAUGCUUCUGUCUUAUCUUCACUUUCUUAUGCCUCCAGUGCUCAACCCAAUUGUCUACAGUGUCAAAACCAAAGAGAUCCGGGUCUACAUUCUAAAGAUGCUCCACCCCAGAAAGCUCUGA